AUGGUCGUUGGUGCUACAGGCACCGGUAAAAGUACCCUAAUCAAUAUGAUGAUCAAUUACAUCUUGGGGGUGAAGUGGGAAGAUAACGUCAGAUUUAAGCUGGUAGAGGAACGAGGGUCUCGAUCACAGGCUUACAGUCAAACACAAAAUAUAACAUCGUACACAAUCCACAACAAUGAUCACAUAAACCUUUCCUACACGUUGACACUCAUUGACACGCCAGGGUUCGGCGAUACUGCAGGUAUUGAGCGCGACAAAGCCAAUGUUGAUAAGAUCAAGGACUUUUUCUCUAACUCUACGGCCCAUGGUGUGGAUCACAUAGAUGCUGUAGGAUUUGUUGUUCAGUCUUCACAACCACGUCUCACCCCAGCACAGAAGUAUGUAUUUGACUCGAUCCUUUCCGUUUUUGGAAAGGAUAUCGAGGCAAAUAUAAUGAUGCUCAUCACCUUUUGUGACGGGUCACGACCGGUAGUCCUCGAUGCAGUUACAGAGGCAAAUCUACCGUUUGGUAAUACGUUCAAGUUCAACAACUCGGUACUAUUUGCUAGUCAAAAUCAGUUUGGCAUAGGGUACUGGGAAAUGGGUUACACAAGUAUGCACGAGUUUGUUUGUGUUCUUGACGGCCUACAGCCUCAAAGUCUUACUCUCACAGUAGAAGUUCUGAGGGAAAGAAAACGUUUGGAGAUUGCUCUUCAAGGGUUGCAGGAGAAGAUUCAGUUUGCUCACGAACAGACGGAGCACUUUGAAAACAUGAAACAAUUGUUUAAAGAACAUGAACAGGAAAUAGAAGCAAAUAAGUCUUUCAUAUUCAAGGGUACCGUUGCCAAACUUGAAAAAAUUCCAAAUCAGACAAGUGGCUCCACAAAUUGCACCCAGUGCCGCUUCACCUGUCAUCACCCAUGUACCUACUCUCAAGCAAAGUUUUUGUGCCGUGCAAUGACGUGGAUGGGUUAUUGCACUGUUUGUCCUGACAAGUGUUCCUCAGGCGUCCACGUUCACGAGUACUUCAGAUAUAAUUGGAAAAUGGUAAACGAGGUACAAACGUAUGAUGAUUUCGAGAAGCAAUGUAGAAGCGCAAAGGGGCGAAAACAAACCUUUGAAGAAGUGUUAAAGAAAGUCGAAGCUGAUAGGGACGAUGCGGAAACUGCUGUGCAUGAGUUGAUCAGGGAGUCUCACAAAUGUACCCAGCGCCUUGAAGAGAUUGCCCUCAAGCCUAAUCCCAUGGGAAUAAUAGAGUACAUAGACAUGAUGAUUGAAACUGAGAAGGCAACCAAAACUCCAGGUUGGGAGAAAAAAGUUGGGUAUCUAGAAGCAACUAAACGCAGAGAAAACGCUAAGGAUGUAAUAGCUGAAGCUCCAGAUACAUCGCGCAAUGCCGUGGCGAGGUUGUAUAACAAAUUAAAGCACAAAUUGGGUUUUAGUGGUGCGGCAUAA